GUACGGUCCACAGUCAACCUCAUUUGAACAAACGUACAUUCUUACAAACUUUGCAAUAUCUUCAAAUAAAUUAACAAGCUUGAGCUCUUAUUCCUCUUCACCUCAUCUCCUUUUGUUGUUCUCUCUCCCUCUCACCAUCAAUAAAUACUUCAAUACAGCUUCAUCAAUUGCCCUUUCUUUCCAUCUUCCUCAUCUCUCUCUACGUACACACACACACACACACACAUAUAUAUAUAUAUUACUAUAUGUGUAUCACCCUAAGUUAAAGAUGCUACGAAAAAUGAGCAAACGAGUAGGUUUUAGUCCUGAUGUCAAUGAGAAGCCAACAUGUUUACACAAGCACGGUGGUGGUCGUGGCAAAGUUGCCGUAAACAGGAAGAGGGUCAUCGGAAUAUGGAGCUUCAGGUUGCCCAGAAGCUCGAGUUUUGCACCGGUGGGAUUCCUAAAGCGUAUUGCAGCUAAGGUGGCAAGAGCUCUACAGCUUGUGUCGACGAGGAAGAGGUCUUCGUGUAAGGUUUCUUCAUCAUCCAUGAGUAGUAGUUUGGCAAGGUCAAGAUCAUAUGCGGACCAGAUUGAUUCUCAUCGAGCAGAGGCCAUAGAGGACUGUAUCGAGUUCUUGAACUCUUCUUCCUCUUUGCAGAGAUCGAAUUCCGUUUCUUCUUCUUGCUAGAAGUUUUUUCAUAGUCGAAGGAAAGUAUGUAAAUGAAAGAUUGAAAAUGAAAACAAAGAUUUUAUGAUUCGUUCAUCACAAGAAGUUGAUUGGUUGAUGAGAAAAUUCAACUACAUGGCAGAAAAGUUGACUGUUGAUGCAGUAAGUUACAAGAAGCAGUGAACACAUUUUCUGGUCUUGCUCAUGUAAGAUAUUCAGUAAAAUUUUCUAUAAAAUUACAUAGAGAAUUGGGCAUUCUAGAUUGAAUUCUUUACAUCCUUUUCCCAAUUUCAUCAUCUUUUCCCCAAGAAUACCAUAUUUCAGUGUUGGGAUUGAAUUAGAUUUAAGCCAUCUUUAUUAAUUGGAUAUUUUCAGACUAUUUGAAAUAACUUGUCUAUCAAUUAACUCUCAAAUGUGGUAUUCUUGUUCAACCGUAAUAAGAAAAAAAU